CAGGAGUAUUGAGGGAAGCUGACGAGUCAAGCUAAGUGUAUUGGGCCCCAUUUCCCUAUCCACUUCUACAGUAACUUACUUGACCUCUUGUAAGGCGGGACGCCUAAUCAAAGGUCUAUCCUUAGCGAAUACGUUAAACCUGGAAAGUAUGCGCUUGUGUUUACCUCGACUCGAGACAUAUCAGCUCGGGACAUCUUAUGCCCAAGCACUCAGCUUUUCUACAAGCUUCAACAUUGGACUUCUCCAUCUGUCUGGCCGCAUGCGAUAUGCGGUCCAGCGUGACCUGGAUCCGCAGUCAGGUUUCAUGCAUUGGGGCCAUCCGCACGGCGCAAUGUCUGCCCGUCACGAUCUUGAACUGUACAUCAGUCCAAACCAAGGAGGUACGACGAGGACCGUCGCAUCAACGCAUGCUUCGCGAUGGUCGGAGAAGCGGACGCGCGGUGAUGUUCGCCAUCAAGCAACAUAUUCCUGGCUUGCUGAAGCGACAAUGCUCGCACAAGGAUAUGGUCCCAGCACGAAUGUCUAUAAGUGCCAGCCUCGGAAGUGACUUCGAUACCUUGAGCGCUGCCAUGAUGCCGAAUACUCCAUUUCCAUAUACCCUCUGUCAGUGGGUUGUGAGACGGAUCGGGCUGAUCCUGGAUGCUGGAUGCUGGAUAGUCCUAGGUGGAUGUUUUGAAAGUUGAGCAUCAUUUGGGAAUGUGAGCACUGCCAUAGACUCUGCAAACAGUCUCGA